AUGUUUUUUUUGAAAGAUUUAUCGUUAAACCUAACCUUGCAUCCUUCGUAUUUCGGUCCUCAAAUGGACCAGUUUUUGAGAGAUAAAUUAUUGAGCGACGUCGAGGGCACUUGUACGGGUCAGUUCGGCUACAUUGUAUGCGUGCUAGACUCUAUGAACAUUGAUGUCGGUAAAGGGAGAAUAAUCCCUACGACGGGAAUGGCAGAAUUCGAAGUGAAAUACAGAGCUGUUGUUUGGAAACCUUUCAAAGGAGAAGUUGUCGAUGGAGUGGUAACGACAGUCAACAAAAUGGGGUUCUUUGCAGAUGUGGGGCCGUUGUCUGUAUUUGUCAGUACCCAUCUAAUACCGUCGGAUAUGAAGUUUAACCCGUCAGCGAAUCCACCAGCUUAUUCUAGCCCAGAUGAAAACAUAGAGAAAGGGUCGAAAGUUAGGUUGAAGAUUGUGGGGACUAGAACGGAUGUUAAUGAAAUUUACGCUAUUGGAAGUAUCAAAGAGGACUAUUUGGGACCAAGUCCAUUGUGA